AUGGAAAGCAUUGAAAAAGAGAAAGAAACUAUCUGCUCAUGGGUAAUGGAAGAAAUCAGGAGCAGCCUGAGCACAGACCUCACCCUUCGAGGCAUGUGGCCAGAUGGACAGCAGGACAUCACUGAGGUCACGAAGCGCCCCUUGACUGCAGGAACACUUUUCAAGAACUCCAUGGUGGCACUGGUGGAGAAUCUAGCAUCCAAGGAACCCUACUAUGUUCGAUGCAUAAAACCCAAUGAAGAAAAGUCCCCGGGCCACCUGGAUGAGGAGCGUUGUCGUCACCAGGUGUCCUACCUGGGCCUGCUGGAGAACGUGAGGGUCCGAAGGGCUGGCUUUGCCUCCCGCCAACCCUAUCCUCGAUUCCUGCUCAGGUACAAGAUGACCUGUGAGUACACGUGGCCCAACCACCUGCUGGGCUCAGACAAGUUGGCCGUGGGCGCCCUGCUAGAGCAGCACCGCCUACAAGACGAUGUGGCCUUUGGUCAUAACAAGCUCUUCAUCCGGUCACCCCGCACCCUGGUCACUCUGGAGCAGAGCCGAGCCCGGCUUAUCCCCAUCAUAGUUCUGCUGUUGCAGAAGGCUUGGCGGGGGACCCUGGCAAGGCGUCGAUGCCAGCGCCUAAAGGCUAUCUAUACCAUUAUGGGCUGUUUCCGGCGGCACAAAGUUCGAACCCACCUAACAGAGCUACAGAACCGUUUCCAGGCUGCCCGUCACCCUCCUUUGUAUGGGCGAGACAUGGUCUGGCCCACACCGCCAGCUGUGCUCCAACCUUUCCAAGACACCUGCCAGGGGCUCUUCCGAAGGUGGAGAGCCCGACAGUUGGUGAAGAAUAUCCCCCCUUCUGACAUGGCUCAGAUCAAAGCCAAAGUGGCAGCCAUGGGGGCACUCCAGGGGUUGCGCCAGGACUGGGGAUGUGGACGAGCCUGGUCCCGAGAUUACCUCUCUUCGACCAUAGAUAAUCCCACCGCCGCAGCCCCCUUUGCUCAGCAGCUGAAGAACCUGAAGGAAAAGGAUGGCUUCCGCAAUGUGCUCUUUUCUAGCCAUGUCCGAAAGGUGAACCGAUUCAACAAGAGCCGAGACCGGGCGCUGCUGCUCACUGACAAGCACCUUUACAAACUGGAACCCAAUAAACAGUACCGUGUGAUGCGGGCAGUUCCCCUCAGUCACGUGACUGGAUUGAGUGUGACAAGUGGUCAGGACCAGCUGGUGGUGCUACAUGCCAAAGGCCAGGAUGAUUUGGUGGUAUGUCUUCACCGCACUCAACCCAAAAUGGAUAAUCGCAUUGGGGAACUGGUGGGCAUGCUGGCUGGACACUUCCAGGGAGUUGGGCAGGACUUGGAAGUCCGGGUCUCAGACUGCAUCCAACUGAACCAGCGAGGGCGCCGGCGCCAAGUCUCUGUGGAAAGCAAACCUGAUCAGCCCAUGCCAGACUUUCGCCGCAGCCGUGAUGGUUUCGUCCUCCUUUGGCCAAGUCCUUGAGCCCUGUGGGCCUCAUCCCUUUCCACUGCCACCAAGUUUCUCUUGGCAAAAAUAUGGGGCCCGUAUCAUGAGCAGAUUUUUAAAAUUCAGUUCUAGAA